AGACUUCCCUCCCUAAAUUUAAAUGAUUCUGUUGAGUUAUUGGACUGAUUAUAGUUAACUUUAGGGAAUCAGAUGGUCAAUUGAUUGAUAUUUGCGUGUCGAAUUAAGGACAGACGAAUAUUCGUGCGGAUUUCUGUAAAUCAAGUUAAAUAUUAGUGUGUAAAAAGCGGCGACAAAAUUGUGGCGGUCGCUAGUGACAUAACCUUAAUUUAGUUGACGUCUGGCCAGGUGGAGAAUAUUUGAUUAUUUGGGUGUUUUCCUCGUAUUCCCAGACAUGUUUCGUGGCACUGUUUCUCCGAUUGCGAGAUUUCGGCACUUGGGAAGGAGUUUCUCUUCCUUACCGGAACAGAAUGCCGCAUUUGAGGAGUUCCGCACAAGUGAGGUACAACCAUCACGGCAGUCUGCUUUGCAGGAGGGCAAAUUCUACACCAUAACGCCGGAAGUGAGGAAGCGAUUGUUCACAUUCGGAGGACUCACAAAAACAUACGAAAAGCAAAUGAAAACCUUUGCAGAAACCACCCUGAUGGUGCGUCAGCCUGCUCUGGAAAUCAUGGAUUACAUCAAGAGAACAAACUUCAGCAAGCCAGUCAAUCGAUACGUGCUGUACGGGAAGAAUGGUGUGGGGAAGUCACUGACACUGGCGCAUUUGCUGCACUUUGGCAUUGAGAAUGAUUUUGUGCUCGUUCACGUGCCGUGGGUGCCAAAUUGGUUGAAGAAGCCCCGCGAAUUGGUGACUCUCAAUGAACCGGAGGGCUUUUUUGACUUGCCCCUGGACUCCGCGGCCUGGCUCAUUCACUUCAAGACGCAGAAUCUUCCUAUACUUUCACGGCCGGAAUUCGUCACCAGCAAGGAUCACGUGUGGAGUCAGAGAGAAACGACACCAAAGGGGGCCACGCUGCUGGAACUUGUGGAGCACGGAAUAAACCGUAUGAAAUUCGCCUCGGGGACAAUCGCAGCACUCCUGAGUGAGCUGAAAAUCCUCUCCACUGAGGGAAAGUGCAAGACGAUGGUGGCCAUUGAUGGAUUCAAUGCAUUUUUGGUGGAGAAAACUACUCUAUUGGCGCGAUACAAAGUUAGAAUCCCACCUGAGAAGAUCACCAUUGUUAAGCCAUUCCUAGACAUGGUCAAUUGCGAUUGGCAGAACGGCGUGUGCAUCCUAAUUCUUGACCAAAUAGCCUAUGCGCGCGGUCACACGAACAACGAGAUGCCUCUCAAUCUUCUGGGCAGAGCGGGAUUCGAAAUGCUCGAUCCAUUUGUGCCCGUUCGAGUGAACGACUACACAGAGAAGGAGUACUACAGCUGCAUAGAGUACUAUGUCAACAGACGGUGGAUCCAGAACCAAAAACAGGGAUUCGACGAGGAGUUAAAGGCCCUGAGCGCGAAAAAUCCCUACGACUUAAUGCAAUUGUGCUCAUCUUUGUGA